AUGCGAUACCUCCCUUCAAUCGUGCCACUCCUGGCUACAACUGCUGCGGCAGCCGUUAUCCAGAAUGUUCCACGAGCUACUAUAACAGGAAACCCAUUCUCAGGCUACCAACUUUACCCAAACAAAUACUAUGCAUCAGAGGUCUCAGCAUCAGCCCUACCAUCCAUGACAGGAGCUGCUGCUGCAGCUGCAAGCAAAGCAGCCCAAGUGCCAUCUUUCUUCUGGCUGGAUACGGCAGACAAAGUCCCAACCAUGAGCACCUACCUGGCAGAUAUAAAAGCCAAAAACGACGCCGGCGCUAGUCCCCCCAUCGCGGGCACAUUCGUUGUCUACGAUCUUCCUGAUCGGGACUGUGCCGCUUUGGCUAGUAAUGGGGAGUACUCCAUUGCUAAUGGUGGUGUUGCGAAGUAUAAGGCCUAUAUUGAUUCUAUCCGGGCUGUUUUGCUUCAGUAUUCCGACGUGAGGGCUAUCCUAGUUGUCGAGCCUGAUAGCUUGGCCAAUUUGGUUACCAAUAUGGCUGUUUCGAAGUGUGCUAAUGCGCAUGAUGCUUAUUUGGAAUGUACCAAUUAUGCGGUUACGCAGCUGAAUCUGGAUAAUGUUGCUAUGUAUCUUGAUGCUGGACACGCGGGAUGGCUUGGCUGGGAAGCCAAUCUGAGCCCAGCAGCGACACUCUAUGCCCAAGUAUAUAAGACAGCCUCGAAGCCUGCAUCUCUCCGAGGACUCGCUACAAACGUUGCUAAUUAUAAUGGCUGGUCUCUGUCUACGUGCCCGUCAUAUACCUCGGGUGAUUCCAACUGUGACGAGAAGAGAUAUGUGAAUGCUCUUGCUCCACUGCUUAAGAAUGCAGGCUGGGAUGCUCACUUUAUCACUGACACUGGCCGAAAUGGUGUCCAGCCUACCCAGCAAAAUGCCUGGGGGGAUUGGUGCAAUGUUAAAGGCACUGGAUUUGGUGUUCGUCCAACUACUAAUACUGGUGAUGCACUUGAGGAUGCGUUUGUCUGGGUGAAGCCUGGCGGCGAGAGUGAUGGCACUUCGGAUAGUAGCUCUGCUCGCUACGAUGCUCACUGCGGUUAUAGCGAUGCUCUGCAGCCUGCUCCUGAGGCUGGAACGUGGUUCCAGGCGUACUUUGCUCAGCUUAUCGCACACGCGAACCCCUCAUUUUGA